GCUUAUUACCCAGCUUGCCAUUGUUCAUGUCAUGCUGUUGGCCUGUUAUUUGAGACAGCUUUUCUGCGUCGUGCCCCGGUACGAUUCUCUCAAGCCCCUUCUGCGGUCCGGCCAUAACCAUGGCAGCGAGGACCAUACAAAACAAGAGCUUUCGUCAUACAGCAAUAUUUACUGUAAUGUCCGCAUUGGCCAUGGGCGGAACCUAUUGAUGAGGGUAGCUCGUUCAUGCCAAGCGCACUUCCAAGCACCGAACGAGAUUACCAUGCUGGAAGCAUAACAACAAACACAGGCAAAGGGCGUGGUCUGACACGCCGAGGCAUUUCAGGCGGUGCCAGAAGUAAGAUGAAGCUUGGUACACGGGGUGAGAUGGAUUGUCCGGUAGCGAUCCAAUCGAUCCUCUCCCGUUCCUAUCAGCGACCAGUAUAGUAUCGCAGCUGGACCAAGAGAAUGGCGCAGACAAGAUCCCCUGUUCAUCCUGCUGGAUUGUCUUGGUUCCCGUUGACAGGCUCGGCUCCGAGGAGUCUCCAGCGCCCAGCCACUCCGCCGACCACCAGCAUUGUGGGCUUCCUCAUCCUGUGGGCUCCUUCUCCACGUCCACGCCCUUGGCAAACAAUUCUUUCAGGCGAGGUUCCCGAACCGACGAGUUGUCUAUGUCUCUAUUAAUAUCAAGUAUCAAACGCUCGGGCCUGGCUGACGCUUAGGGCUGUCUUGGAAGAAAACUGGAGACACACCACCUCCGCCCUUGGGUCGCUUUCCCUCCACUUCACCCGACAUUGGACGUCGCUUGGCACUCUCAGCUGAUCCGUCUGGUGCUCACAGGUCAGAGAUUGUACUGUAUUUUCACCCAUAUUGAGACCGAAGCUGCCCUGUUCGGGUUGCGUGGAUUGCUCAUCGCUUGACCAAUGUGGCAAAGGCGUGUUCCAUCUUCGACGGAUUGCGCCGAGCCUCAUGCAGGAGGAAGCAAUGGAACCUUGCGUCCCAGCCACACCCUGCGACCAGAGUGUUGCAUCGACUAACCUUGGAAACUGCGUGCCGAACCUCAUAAGAUAUUUUCGUCCCGCAAACUGUGGAGGACCAAUCCGAUACGCCGGGCUUGCAGGAAUCGGCGCGGUUUUGUGAAUCUUGAUCUUUGGAACGACGCCCACAGGCAUCUUCAACCCAAAACCCCAGAGCAUCUGGGAAUAUAUCUCUGGUGAUUAUUGACCUCCACUGGCGGCUGCUAAUUCGGCAGGAGGCCAUGCAUGCCAUGCCUUGCCGUUUAUCCAGUUCCGCUUCAAGGUCAUCAACGACGCCACUCACCGCCCAGGCCCUAAAUUGUUGCAAAAUAGUUGUCAAGACCAAGCCUGUCCACUUUGAUCAGGCCCAUUUUCUAUCGUGGCGCAAAAAUCCCCGGUGACCUGUCACACAUGGCUAGUCUGACCUGGAGAGCUGCAGCCCAGAAACUAGGACCAGGGUUGGCGAGAAUUCGCAAAUGAACCAUAUUGCGAUAUACUCCCCCAACCUCGUCCACUCUUCUCGACCGCCUCGAUCUGUUGUAUCACCCUCGAAGUUCGUUAUAUCAUUUUCUCUCUACUAUUUCCUUUCCCUUCGUGUGGGAGGGGCCUACCCUCGUUAUUUUGUGUUGCGCUUUUUCCUUACCUCACCCUCUUUCGAUCCCCAGGAUGGCUUUCUCACAGUUCAUCACCAUCCUCUCGUUUCUGUCGCUCGCUCUCUUCUCUGCGGCUGCCCCUUCUUCAUCGUCGUCUCUCCAAAAACGGGGAGAUCCAGUCAAGUUCGAGGUCACCCUGACAUGGGAAGACUAUUCGCCCAAUGGAGGAACGCCACGGAAAAUGAUCAUGACCAAUGGCACAUUCCCCGGCCCACCGUUGAAGUUGAAGGUCGGCGAUGAGGUUGAGUUCCUUGUCCAUAACGAUCUCCCCGACCCAACUGCUGUUCACUUCCACGGCAUUGUCCAGCAAGGCACACCAUGGUCCGAUGGCGUCCCCGGUUUGACGCAGAAGCCGAUCGCCCCUGGGGAAUGCUAUCUGUACAAGUGGACUGCCGACGCUGCCGGCGUGUACUUUUACCACUCCCACUAUCGUUCCCAAAUGAUGGACGGAAUGUACGGUGCAAUCAUUAUCUCCCCGGAAAAAGACUCGGACAAGCCUUUCUCUCUCAUCAGCAAUGAUACGGAGGCAAUUGAGGCCAUGUCCGAGGCGGACGAGAACCUCCAGACCGUCUUCAUAUCCGACUACAAUAAAUACACUUCCCAGGAGCUGCACGAGCAAGAACGCUCGGCUAACAUCGACUUCGCCUGCGCCGACUCCAUCUUGCUGAACGGUCAGGGUUCGCAAUACUGUUUGUCGCGCGAUGAACUGACGGCGUACACCAACCCCAAGGUGAAAGCACUGGUGGCAACUGUCAGCCCCAGUGAAAUCACCGACAAGGGCUGUUUACCACCAAAUCUGGCCGCCACGCAAGGCAACUUUACGUUCGACAUCGACUCGAUCCCCCGGGACGCUUACUUCGAGUGCACUCCGUCCAGCGGCCCCAUGGCCACGUUCGACGUCGACCCAGCGAAGGGCUGGGCGGCCUUGACCUUCAUCAACCCUGGCGGUUUUGAAAUGCUGAAGUUCACCAUCGACUCGCACAAAAUGUGGGUCUAUGCCGUGGACGGCGGGUACGUGGUGCCUCAACUAGUAGAUCAAAUCACGGUGAACAACGGGGACCGCUACUCGGUCCUGAUCAAGCUCGAUCAGACGCCUGCGCAGUACUCGAUCCGCGUGUCGAACAGCGGCUUGAAUCAAGUCAUCAGCGGCUUUGGGAUUCUGAACUACAAGGGCUCAACCGGUCCCGCUGCCGGAGAAGACAACCCCAACGCCCUGGCCGGGAUGAACUUUGCCGGCGUCAACCUGACCACACUGGUUCCCUUCAACGACAACAAGGCCGCGCCGUACCCUGAGCGUGCGCCUGCCCCGACGCCCGAUGUGACGUAUAAGUUCAACAUCAAGAAACUCGGCCAGCCGUACGGCGCGUACGACUGGACCCUAAGCGGCAUCGACACCUUCAACGUCACUCUCGAGGAUAAUGAGCAGCCCCUUUUGUUCGCAAAGGACCCCAACGAUAUUGAAGCCACCGAUCUCGUCCUGAAGACGAAUUUGGGCCAAUGGGUCGAUCUGAUCGUACAGGUCCAGGGUCCUCUCGCCCAACCUCACCCUAUGCACAAGCACUCCAACAAGGCCUAUGUGCUGGGCAAAGGCACAGGCACCUUCAACUGGAGCACUGUAGCUGAAGCGGCGGCCGAGUUGCCUCCAAACACUUUCAAUUUCGUCAACCCUCCUCUUCGCGACGGGUAUACCACCACCCCAGCUGAGGGAAACAGCACCUGGAUGGCCCUGCGCUACCAGGUCGUCAACCCGGGCCCCUUCCUGUUUCACUGCCACAUGCAGACCCACAUGGCCGGCGGCAUGGCCGUCGCCUUUCUCGACGGCGUCGACCAGUGGCCAGAGAUCCCGCCCGAGUACGCUGGACCCGACGGCGAUGGCAGCGGCAACGGUAUCACCAGUGGUGCAACUGCAAAGCUGAAGAAGAAGGCGAAACUUCAUCCUAAACAAAAUGAAUGAAAGUAAUCUGCUUUCUUUCGCCAGAAGCCUCGUUUUGCCGUCUGUCUGUUCGUCCCUUCGGCCGAAGAUGUUAUUAAGGCCGCUGCCGCUCCCGAUGUUGUCGAUGUCGUUGAUGUUGAUGUUGCUGGUGCUGGCACGUGCUUGUUUUGCUGGAUUGUACCUACAACGUAUGCAGCAUUGGAAAAUCAUGUAAUAUAUAUCUCACCCUAGCUACCAAAGUACCCUUCUAUCGCCGGUUAGUAUCUUGGAUUGUUCUGAUUGGGAAUGUAACAAACGAGAAUAUAAUUGUACCACGACAAAUUUACUCACUACUAGUAGGAACAGUGUUUCUCAAUCAACUUUCUUCAAGC